AUGAUUAGAGUACAAUGCCGUGAAGGACUAGCCUAUGAGAGAAAAGUACCAAGUACGAAAGACCACAAGCAAGCACCAAUAACUAUGCUAUCCAUUGCAUCAUUGAGAAAUUGUGGCAGGGCUGCUUUAAAGAGCCAGUCGUUACUCAAGCUUGGUCCUCAGCGUUUCGCUUCGACACUAGGAUCAUCGUUAAGCAAACGCCAAAGCGAUGAAUGCGAUGCUGUUGUUAUUGGCGGAGGAGCUGUAGGUGCAAGUAUUGCAUAUCAUUUAGCCAAGAGAGAAGUGAAAGAUGUUGUCUUGCUAGAAAAGUCAGAAUUAACUGCUGGAUCAACAUGGCACGCGGCUGGAUUAGCAACUUAUUUCCAUCCUGGUAUUAAUCUUAAAAGAAUUCAUUGGGAUAGUAUUAACCUCUUUAAUGUUUUAGAAGCAGAAACGGGCCAAGACGUUGGUUUCCAUAAGCCUGGAAGCCUACGCUUGGCUACAACACCAGAACGUGUCAAUGAAAUCUACUAUCACAUGAGUCGUCACGGAUGGAACAAAGCACCUCAAUGGAUAGUUUCACCCGAAGAAAUUAAAGAAUUAUGUCCAAUUAUCAAUAUUGAUUCGGUUUUAGCUGGAUUGUAUAACCCAAAUGAUGGUCAUAUUGACCCUUAUUCACUGACUCAGGCAUUAGCCAUUGGUGCUAGACAGUAUGGCGCAGAAAUUUAUGUCAAUACACCUGUAACCGACUUGAAACAACGACCUGACAAACGAUGGGAAGUUCAUACUGAUCAAGGCAUGCUAGUUGCCAAACAUAUUAUCAACGCUGCUGGAUUUUAUGGUCGAAAGAUUGGACAAAUGGUUGGCUUAGAUUUACCUUUGGUCGCUAUUCAUCACCAAUAUUGUGUUACUGGUAGCAUACCAGAGUUUAAAGAUUUUAAACGUGAAAUACCGGUUAUGAGGGAUCUGGAAGGCUCGUAUUAUUUCAGACAAGAGAAAGAUGCUUUAGUAGUAGGACCUUAUGAAGCUCCUCAUAAAAUGGUGGUAUGCAAGGAUUGGUAUGAUAAAGGUGUUCCGCCAGAUUUUGGCAAAGAACUAUUCGAAUCUGAUAUUGAUCGUAUUGUCGAUCACUACAAUAUUGCCAUGUCUCGCUUUCCGGCUUUUGCUAAUGCUGACAUUCAGCGCCUUAUUUCGGGACCUAUAACUUUUGCACCAGAGAAUAUUCCAUUAAUCGGACCUGUUUCAGAAUUAAGAAAUUAUUGGAAUGCUGUUGGUUUUGGGUAUGGUAUCAUUCAUUCAGGUGGUGCUGGCCGAUAUUUAGCAGAUUGGAUUGUAGAUGGUGAACCUCCUUACGAUUUAAUGGAGACUGAUGGUGCUCGCUUUGAUUCUUGGGCGACUAGGGAUUAUCUAUUUGAUAAAGUUAGUGAAUCUUAUGGUUUAAAUAACAUGAUUAUGUAUCCUAAAGAAGAAAGACCUGCCGGGCGUCCGACAUCGAGAGUCAGUGGACUCUAUUCUAGUCUGUCUAACCAUGGUGCUGUUUACGGCUUUCGUUCUGGUUGGGAAGUUCCAAAUUGGUUCUGUCUUCCCGGUGAUGUACCUGGAUAUAUACCUAGUUAUAAAAGAACAAAUUGGUUUGGGCCUGUUGGUAGAGAAUGUAACUUUGUUCUUAACAAGGCUGGCUUGUACGAUCUUUCAUCUUAUGGUAAAGUUACUGUGAAGGGCAAAGAUGCUGCCAAAUUUAUAAGUAAAGUACUAGCUAACAAAUUACCCGAGGUUGGCCAAGUUAAUGUGUCUCACAUGAUAACUCCAAAAGGACGCGUUUAUGGUGAAUACGAAGUACUAAGACUUGAAGAAGAUAAUUUCUUUUUGACUUGUGGAGCCGCAGCUGAGAAGCAUCAUUUACGUUGGUUGAUAGAAAACUCUGCAGAAUACGACGUCGAAAUUAACAACGUAACUGAAGAAUGGAAUUGUUUAGCAAUUUCUGGGCCAAAAUCUCGCGAAAUAUUAGCAAAAGCCACUGGAAGUUCUAACUUCAGUGAAGCAAACUUUCCUAAUCACACUUGCCAGAUGGUGCUAAUUAAUGGUGUCGAAGUUGGAGCUGUAGCUAUGUCGUUUACAGGACAAUUUGGUUGGGAAUUUUAUGUUAGAUCUAGUGACAUGGAAGCCCUUCAUAACAACUUGUGGGAAGCUGGAAGUGAAUUUGAUAUAGGCCAUGUUGGUAGUUAUGCACUAAGUAAUUUGCGAGUGAAAGCUGGUAUUAGAGCUCUUGGCCUUGAGUUUAGUGUCAAUACCAAUCCUAUAGAAGCUGGUCUAGAAAAAUACAUAGAUUUUACAAAACCUUUCAUUGGAAAAGAAGCGGUUUUAGCAGAAAAGCUUAAAGAAGCAUCACGUCAGUUGGUAUUUUUAAACGUAGAUACCUUUGACGUUGACGCUGAAGGAAAUGAAUCUAUUUGGGUCAACGAUGCGGUUCAAGGCUAUACUACUUCCGGUGGUUUCGAUUAUGAAGCCAAGAAAGGAAUAGCAUUUGCUUACUUGCCACCACAUCUAGUUAAAGAAGCGGGUCAAAGUCUACAAGUUGACUUGAUUGGUAGAAAAUACAAUGCUAAGAUCGUUGCUGACCCUUUGCAUUCAUAA